AUGGAGAUAAAUGGAGAAAAUCAGGCAAGCUUACAUGUUGGAAGGAAGCUAAAAAAGAAAAAGAAAAUCAGGCUAGCAAAUAAAGAAUGAUUUUCCUUGCUGCUGCUUAACUUGGAGGAGUACUACUUUGAACAGCAUAGAGCCAAUCACAUUUUGCACAAGGGCAGUCACCAUGAAAGGAAAAUCAGAGGCUCCUUAAAAAUAUGUUCAAAAUCAGCGAUUUUUGAACCAGAUGCAAUAUCCCAGCCCAUCAUCAAGAUUCCUUUGAGAGACUGUAUAAAAAUAGGAAAGCAUGGAGAAAAUGGAGCCAAUAGACACUUCACAAAGGCAAAAUCUGGGAGUAUUUCACUCAUUUUCAGUCAGGUAUAUUUCAUUAAAGAACAUAAUGUUGUUGCACCAUAUAAAAUAGAAAGGGGCAAAAUGGAAUAUGUUUUUGAAUUGGAUGUUCCCGGGAAAGUGGAAGAUGUUGUGGAGACGUUGCUUCAGCUUCACAGAGCAUCCUGCCUUGACAAAUUGGGUGACCAAACCGCCAUGAUAACAGCUAUUUUGCAGUCUCGUUUGGCUAGAACAUCAUUUGACAAAAACAGGUUCCAAAACAUUUCUGAAAAGCUGCACAUGGAAUGCAAAGCAGAAAUGGUGACGCCUCUGGUGACUAAUCCUGGACACGUGUGCAUCACGGACACAAACCUCUAUUUUCAGCCUCUCAACGGCUACCCGAAACCUGUGGUCCAAAUAACACUCCAAGAUGUCCGGCGCAUCUACAAAAGGAGGCACGGCCUCAUGCCUCUGGGCUUGGAAGUAUUUUGCACAGAAGACGAUCUGUGUUCCGACAUCUACCUAAAGUUCUAUGAACCUCAAGAUAGAGAUGAUCUCUAUUUUUACAUUGCCACAUACCUAGAGCACCAUGUGGCGGAGCACACUGCUGAGAGCUACAUGCUGCAGUGGCAGCGUGGACACCUUUCCAACUAUCAGUACCUCCUUCACCUCAACAACCUGGCCGACCGCAGCUGCAACGACCUCUCCCAGUACCCUGUGUUUCCAUGGAUAAUACACGAUUAUUCCAGCUCAGAACUAGAUUUGUCAAAUCCAGGAACCUUCCGGGAUCUUAGUAAGCCAGUGGGGGCCCUAAAUAAGGAACGGCUGGAGAGGCUACUGACACGCUACCAGGAAAUGCCUGAACCAAAGUUCAUGUAUGGGAGUCACUACUCUUCCCCGGGUUAUGUACUUUUUUAUCUUGUUAGGAUUGCACCAGAGUAUAUGCUGUGCCUACAGAAUGGAAGGUUUGAUAACGCAGAUAGAAUGUUCAACAGUAUUGCAGAAACUUGGAAAAACUGUCUGGAUGGUGCAACGGAUUUUAAAGAGUUAAUUCCAGAAUUCUAUGGUGAUGAUGUGAGCUUUCUAGUCAAUAGCCUGAAGUUGGAUUUGGGAAAGAGACAAGGAGGACAGAUGGUUGACGAUGUGGAGCUUCCCCCUUGGGCCUCCAGUCCCGAGGACUUUCUCCAGAAGAGCAAAGAUGCAUUGGAAAGCAAUUAUGUGUCUGAACACCUUCACGAGUGGAUUGAUCUAAUAUUUGGCUACAAACAAAAAGGGAGUGGUGCAGUUGGGGCCCAUAAUGUAUUUCAUCCCCUGACCUAUGAAGGAGGUGUAGACUUGAACAGCAUCCAGGAUCCUGAUGAGAAGGUAGCCAUGCUUACGCAAAUCUUGGAAUUUGGGCAAACACCAAAACAACUAUUUGUGACACCACAUCCUCGAAGGAUCACCCCAAAGUUUAAAAGUUUGUCCCAGACCUCCAGUUAUAAUGCUUCUAUGGCAGAUUCCCCAGGUGAAGAGUCUUUUGAAGACCUGACCGAAGAAAGCAAAACGCUGGCCUGGAAUAACAUCACCAAACUGCAGUUACACGAGCACUAUAAAAUCCACAAAGAAGCAGUUACUGGAAUCACAGUCUCUCGCAAUGGAUCUUCAGUGUUCACAACAUCCCAAGAUUCCACUUUGAAGAUGUUUUCUAAAGAAUCGAAAAUGCUGCAAAGAAGCAUAUCAUUUUCAAAUAUGGCUUUAUCGUCUUGUUUACUUUUACCAGGAGAUGCCACUGUCAUAACUUCUUCAUGGGAUAAUAAUGUCUAUUUUUAUUCCAUAGCGUUUGGAAGACGCCAGGACACAUUAAUGGGACAUGAUGAUGCUGUUAGUAAGAUCUGUUGGCAUGACAACAGGCUAUAUUCUGCAUCGUGGGACUCUACAGUGAAGGUGUGGUCUGGUGUUCCUGCGGAGAUGCCAGGCACCAAAAGACACCACUUUGACUUGUUGGCUGAGCUGGAACAUGAUGUCAGUGUAGAUACAAUCAGUUUAAAUCCUGCAAGCACACUGUUAGUUUCCGGCACCAAAGAAGGCACAGUGAAUAUUUGGGACCUCACAACGGCCACCUUAAUGCACCAGAUUCCAUGCCAUUCAGGGAUUGUAUGUGACACUGCUUUUAGCCCAGAUAGCCGCCACGUCCUCAGCACAGGAGCAGAUGGCUGUCUUAAUGUCAUUGAUGUGCAGACAGGAAUGCUCAUCUCCUCCAUGACAUCAGAUGAGCCCCAGAGGUGUUUUGUCUGGGAUGGAAAUUCCGUUUUAUCUGGAAGUCAGUCUGGUGAACUGCUUGUUUGGGACCUUCUUGGAGCAAAAAUCAGUGAGAGAAUACAGGGCCACACAGGUGCUGUGACAUGUAUAUGGAUGAAUGAACAGUGUAGCAGUAUCAUCACAGGCGGGGAAGACAGACAAAUUAUUUUCUGGAAAUUGCAGUAUUAAGUGCCUUUUCCUCUCCUGAAUAUUAAGUUGAACUCUAUUUAAUGCAUUUGUAAACCAAACUUUUAAACGGACUGGUGAAUGUGCAAUGCUAGUAAUUAGAAGUUUUACCACAUGGAAAAUUUGUGGUUUUAAACUUUCUAAAUCAUGGUGACUUUGUUGAAAGCCAUUAGUUGCCAUUCUCUUAAGGCAGAUAAAAUGUGGCAGUGCUAGGGAAAACAUGUUACAUUGUAAGGCAGAUGAUCAUCCCUGUAUGAUGAUUGUCAGAAGACAGGACUGGGUAGCAGAGAACAGCUAAGAGAUAAAUUGGGCUAGGGAAACUUGUCAGAAAGCACUGAACAAUUAAGAAUUUUCCAAGAAAAUGUGCAGUAUUCUCUGCUACUUCUGAAUCUGUUUUGUCUUCCUAAUCUAUCACAAUUGCUACCCAUCGGGUUUUGGGUGUAUGUUUUCAUAGAGUGGUUACUUUCUAUAAUGCUGUACCCAGAUUCUAAGAACCUGGAGGAUUAGCAGUUCUUAUAACAGUAAGUUUACUGUGUAUAGGAACGGUUUGUAUUUCAUUAUAGCUAUUCAUCUUUUCUACAUUAAAAAUAUUUUUCUCUAAA